AUUGUAAAGAAAACUAAAAACUCGCCAAUUAGAAACCAUGGCCACCUUGGAGGAUAAACUACUGGGAGAGAAACUGGAGUACUACUGCAGCAGCAGCGAGGGCGAGGACAACGGUGACGAUGGCGACGACGAGAAGGGAGCCUCCAAGUCGAGUUCCUCCGGUCUCACAAUCAAUACGGAUCCAAAUGCGACUCCGGCUGGGGGAUUCAAGCAGCGGGGCUCCACCAACACGGGGCCGAAGGGCGUCGUCAAAGACUGGCAGCGAUUCAAGCAACUGGAGGCGGAGCGACGCGACGAGACGGAACGCCAGCGACUGGCCCUGGCCAAGAAACUCAGCAUGACCACGAGCACAGCCGCCGAGGAUGAGGAGCGCAAGCGGCAGGAGGAACUGGACGCCGAAAUGGACGAGCUGAUGAGUGAGGACUUCCUGCAGCAGUACCAGAAGCAGCGCAUGGCCGAGAUGUUGCGCCAGACGGGUCACAACCAGCAGUUCGGAAAGGUUCAGCAGCUGACCACCCACGAGGAGUUCCUCGCCUGCGUCGAACAGGAGAACAAGCACACCACCGUUAUUAUCCACAUCUACGAGCGCAAUCUGUCGGCCUGCACAACGCUCAACAACUGCCUGGACAGCCUGGCCGGCGACUAUCCGUCCAUUAAGUUUGCCAAAAUAUGUAGUUCCGUGGCCGGGAUGAGCCGGGACUUCCGCACCAAGGGCCUGCCAGCAUUGCUUGUCUACAAGGCACAGGCGCUCAUUGGGAACUUUGUGCGACUGACCGAUGAUCUGAGUGACGACUUUUUCGCCUCCGAUGUCGAGAGUUUCCUCAUCGAGCACGGCAUCAUCGUAGAUAGGGCUCUAUACAAUUAGGCAUUCUUAAGUCUUAAUUCCCGAUCUGACAAGUAAUCCGAAUUGAUUUUGUUGCAGUGCUCCUCAAUUGGUUGAUUAGUUGAGCUCUUAGUAUUUAUUUCCCCAAAUAAAAUGCAUUUUUAUUGUAAAAGAAAUGGUUACUUGUCAGAAAUCGAAAUCAGAGCUUAAGCGAAUGCACAAAUUCUGACCAAAAAUGUGUUCGUAAGAUUAGCGAUUAAGAGAGAAAACAAACUUAAACAACCGGGCCCGCCAAAGUUAAUUCUUCAAUUGAAAUAUUUAUAUUUUCCAUUCAGUAAUUAGUUACAUUGUAUGUACUAUAUGAUUUUUGUCGGUUCUUUUCACUGUUUUGCAUACAGAAAUUGGAGUGGAAGUGCUGUAUCGCUCUCACGGCGAUCAGGCGAUACCUCAUGCCGUGAAGAAGUAAAAAAAUCAAAAGAGCUAAGAAUCUGAUUAUAAUAUAUUUGAAAAAUGUAUUCGAAAUGCAUUUUGCACUUUUAAUGCAAAUUUAAAUUGUGUGGAACAAAUCCUGCUCACUAUAUAUAGCGUACACCUAUAAUAUAUAACCUUUCCGUCAUCAUUUACAAUAUAUAUAUUUAUGUAAUAGUUUUUUUUUAGGGGCUAAUGAAUGUACUUCACUCGAACUCGUAAUUUAAGAUUUAUACAUAUAUAUGUAUAUAUAUAUAUAUAUAUAUAUAUUUUAUAGCUUAUAGCCUACCAUACACAGCAAUAAAAAUUAUGUCGAUAUAAUAAAGUAUUUUCUUUUUUUUUUAUCUUCUCA